AUGCCCGAGACCAUCGGCCCCGCGUUCCCAGACCGGGCCACGCCGCUCCUGAGCUACAACAUCCCGUUUACGGAGUCCCUCCUCAAGCACGCCGAGUCCACCUUCCACCACGCAUCAAAGAACACGGGCCAUCUGGACGAUGUGAAGCGCGAGCUGGGCCGCAGGCUGGCCGGGGCCCGGGUCGGUAUGAAGCCGCACUCGCACUGGGACGAGAUCCUGGAGGUCGUGGCGGACGCGAGUGCGUGCGGCGCGGAUCUGAUCGUCACGCUCGGGGCCGGCAGCUUGACGAAUGCGGCGAAGGUGGUGUCGUUUGCCCUUGCCAACGACGUCUCAGCGCACGAAGAGAUCAACACCAUCUGCCCGACGAGCCCGCACAAGCGCACAACCAUCAACCCCUCCGCCAUCCCGGUCAUCUGCAUCCCGACCUCGCUCUCCGGCGGCGAGUACUCGGCCUUCGCCGGUGCCACCAACGAGAGAGAUGGGCGCAAGUAUUCGUUCUCGGGCGGCGGCAUGAGGGGCCCCGCGCUGCUGGGCACGGGCAUCAUGGCCGUGGACCACUGCGUGGAGACGCUGUGUUCGCUCGGCAGCGACGACGCCGCCGACGCGGACGCGAGGCGGGGGCUGGCGAGGCUCGUGCCGGCCUUGUUGAGGUGCAGGGAGGAUGCUGGGGACCUCGAGGCCCGCCUGCAGUGCAUGCUCGGCGCGAAGGAUGCGAUGAGUGCUUCCGGGCACCAGCUCGGGCCCGCCGGUGUCGGGCACAGCGAGACUAGCUGCAUCCUCAACCCAGCUGUGUGCAAGUUUAACUAUGCAAAGAGGUCAAAUGUAGAGCGGCAGGAUGCGAUCUGCAAACUUCUCUGGGACGAUCCCAAAGCCGUUGGGGUUUUUGAGAAAGUGGGCUUGAAAAGGGGUUCCGCAGAGCUGGGAGAUCCCAUGGACGCCAUAAUCUGUGCACUGUUUAUGCCACGGACUCUCAGGGAGUUUGGUAUCGGCGAGGAUAAGCUCGACGGCAUUGCAGAGCACAGCUUGACAGAUCGAUGGGUCAAGACAAACCCUGCACCACUGGAUAAGAAGGGCGUGCUUGAGAUCUUGAGAAUGGUGCUCGGGUGA